UCUCGCUUGAUUGUUAAGAAUCUACCAAAAGAUCUCACCGAAGAGAAAUUCCGGGAACAUUUCGCCAGUAAAGGCGAGGUGACCGAUGCAAAGCUAAUGAAGACAGCAAGAUUUGGUUUUAUUGGUUACCGUACCGAGAAAGCCGCAGAAGCUGCAAUGAAGCAUUUUAACAAUACUUUUAUAAACAUGGCCAAAAUUAGUGUCGAAAUUGCAAUUCCCGUAAUAAACGAAACCACUAAAAAGAAUGACACUUUCGAGGUAGAGGAAACAGACGCAUUCAAGGCCAAGCAGGAAAAGAAAUCCCAGCACGUCAAUGAAUUGAAGAAUGCGGAAGAGAAUGAUCCUAAGCUCAAAGAGUAUCUGAGUGUCAUGGCAGCUAGAUCCAAGACCAAGACCUGGGCUAACGACGAUGUUGCUCCCAUUAACGGACUUGGAAAGGCCAAUGGUGGUGCUGACGAUGAGGCUCACAAGCUGGCUCUUGCUGCCGAUCCCGAAGACGAUUUGUAUGAGGAUUUGCCACCAAAGAAGUCUCAGGCUGCAGAUGACGAUGAAGACGAAGAUGAGGAGAUGGAAGAAUCUGUAGAGGACGAGGAUUCCAAGGAAAAGACAAAGUCCAAGAAGACAAAGUCCAAGAAGAGCGAAGGUAGUGAAGGCAGCGCACAGAAACCCGAUGAGGACGCAGUUAUGGAAGAUGCCGCAGAACAGAAGCCAAAGUAUGACGAUGAUGCCAAUGUAAGAGGAAAGCCUGACGAAGUUGAUCCUAAAGAUCAGAUCAACGAUACUGGCCGUCUGUUUGUUCGUAACUUGUCAUACUCUUGCACCGAGCAAGAUCUUCGUGACUUGUUCUCUCCAUUUGGUCCCAUUUCAGAGGUUUAUUUGCCUAUUGCAAAGGAUACCAAGCGAUCCAAGGGUUUUGCAUAUAUCCUUUUCUUGAUGCCUGAGCACGCAAUCAAAGCUUAUGAGGCUUUGGAUAUGAAGUUCUUCCAGGGUCGUCUUUUGCACAUUUUGGCUUCCAAGGAAAAGCCCCCACCAAAGGAAGACGAGUUCUUUGGUCCCAAUGGAACCAAAUUGAGUAGUGUGAAGAAGGACAAGGAAAAGAAGCGUAGAAACAUGGCUGGCAGUGACUUUAACUGGAACUCACUGUAUAUGAGCAGCGAUGCCAUUGCUGCCUCUAUUGCUGAUCGUCUCGGCGUAUCAAAAUCCGAUGUCCUGAACCCUGAUGCAGACAACAUGGCUGUUAGAUUGGCCUUGGCAGAGACACAGAUUGUUACCGAGACAAAGGAGUUUUUCGAGAAACACGGUAUUAUUUUGGACACUUUUGGAUCAAAGGAUCGUAGUGAGAAUGUUAUUUUGGUCAAGAACAUUCCCUUUGGAACUAGUGAAGAAGAAAUCCGUGGUCUGUUUGGCAAAUUUGGAGAACUUGGCAGAGUACUUAUCCCUCCUGCCAAAACAAUGGCUGUUGUCGAAUUUAUUGAAAACAACGAAGCUCGUGCCGCUUUUAGAGGUCUUGCCUACCGUCGUUUCAAGGAUUCUUUGAUUUACCUUGAAAAGGCACCCAAUGGCUUGUUCAAAGAUAAAUAUGACCCUGCCGCUAUUAAGAAGAGAGCCGAAGAACAUGUUGCUAAAAAGGCUGCUGCCGCUGAACUCAUGGAAACCUCUACCAAGGAUGAUGAUUCAGAUGUCGCAACCUUGUUUGUCAAGAAUCUCAGCUUCUCUACAACAGUCGAGUCUUUGAAAAAGGUGUUCUCCAACUUGGAGGGUUACCGGUCAUCGCGUAUCAAUGUCAAGCCGGAUCCCAAGGUUCCUGGAAAGAAUUUGAGCAUGGGUUUUGGAUUCGUAGAGUUUAACAACAAGGAAAAUGCAUCCAAAGCACUUGCUGCUAUGCAAGGAUAUACUCUCGAUGGACAUGCUCUUGAGCUCAAGUUCUCUCAUCGCAACACAGACGCAAAGCCUUCUUCAACAAAGGCAGAAACCACCAAGCUGGUGGUACGAAACGUGCCUUUCGAAGCAACCUCAAAGGAUUUGACAGAACUAUUUGGUACAUACGGACAACUCAAGUCUAUGCGUCUUCCCAAGAAGUUCAAUGGUGGUCACCGAGGUUUUGCUUUUUUGGACUUUAUGACCAAGCAAGAGGCCAAGAAUGUAUAUGACAACAUGGGAAGUAUCCAUUUGUACGGUCGUCACUUGGUGCUUGAAUGGGCACAAGAAGAAGAUGGCAUUGAUGCUUUAAGAGAGAAGACCGGCAAGUCUUAUGCAAAAGAAGAGAGCCACAACGGACGUAAUGCCAAGCGACAGAGAGUAGACUUGGAUGGUGUAGAAGACGACAUGCUGGAGUAA